CUGAGCCCCGGGGGGUUUCACGUCAUAGACGUCAGGCUCCGCACAUGGAGAGAAAUUGAGGUCCGACCAGCCCAGAUAGGAUCACUCAUUCCUCCUCCCUCGAAGAGUUACGACCUGCCGUGCCUCCUCCGCGGACGACUGUUGGUCUCUCUGGGUCUGCUGGAGGAGUUACCACCACGGGGCACCACCAAUUCUCCCCCUCUCUCUCUCUCUCUCUCUCUCUCUCUCCCCCGAGUCUUUGGUUGUAACUCCCGUCAGCUUUCUGGAUUUAUAGUCGGCACUUGACGUGAGAAAGACAUGGAGAAAAUGGCCAGACAACUGUCCCCCUCCAACGGCGUCCUGAAGUCCUUGCUGGAGAACCCGCUCAAGCUGCCCUUCCAGCACGACGGAGGGCUCUGCAAGGAUAAGGAAAAGGAGAAGAAACUUGAGGAUGAGGGCGGUGCCGGCCCCCAGUCGGCCUUCCUGGGGCCCACGCUGUGGGACAAGACGCUGCCGUAUGACGGGGACAACUUCCAGCUGGAGUACAUGGACCUGGAGGAGUUCCUGUCGGAGAACGGUAUCCCCGCCAGCUCAGCGCAGCACGCAGAGCAGCAGGGGGGCCCAGGGGCCACCCCGGGGCCCCAGCGGCCCCCCUCCUCUCCCUCUCCCUCCCCCUCCUCCUCCUCCUCCCCCUCAGUGAGGGCCACCAUCCCCAGUCUGCCCGGGCGCCCGAGGCCCCAGGAACACAUGCAGAAGAGCAGCAUAGCAGAUCUGGCCCCGUCCCGGGACACCCCCAGCCCCAUCGACCCGGAGUCCAUCCGGGUCCCGGUCGGGUACAACCCGGACCCCGCCGACCUGGCCCUCUCCAGCGUCCCGGGUCAGGAAGUGUUCGACCCCCGCAAGAGGAAGUUCUCGGCGGAGGAGCUGAAGCCCCAGCCCAUGAUCAAGAAGGCCCGCAAGAUCUUCAUCCCUGAGGACCUGAAGGACGACCGGUACUGGGCGCGGCGGAGGAAGAACAACGUGGCGGCCAAGCGGUCCCGUGACGCGCGGCGGCUGAAGGAGAACCAGAUCGCCAUCAGAGCCAGCUUCCUGGAGAAGGAGAACGGGGCGCUGCGGCGCGAGGUGGCCGACCUCCGCAAGGAGCUGGGGAGGUGCACCUCCGUGGUGGCCCAGUACCAGGACCGCCACGGGCCCCUGUGAAGGGACCCACAACCAGCGGGGGGCCCCCCACACACACACACACAGACUGAACGCACACAUGCACACACUGAACACUCACACUGAACACACACACACACAACCACUGAAUACACACACACAACCACUGAAUACACACACACACACACACCCUGAAAACAUCAAAAACACAAACAAACAUGCUCCCUGAACACACACACAAACACACAUUGAGCACAGACACACACACACACACACAAAAACACAAAGACACACACAUGCUGCCUGAACACACCACACACACACACACACACACACACACACACACACACACCCUGAACACACACACGCACACACACACACAUAUGCUCCCUCAAACCACACACACCUGACGUGAUGUUUAGAAGGACAACAUCUGUCAAUGUCUCUUUUGGUGGAACUUUUGACAAUUUGACCCCCACCCUGAACCAGACACACACACGUGCACACACGCAUGCCAUCCUGUGAUUUUCCACCCCGGACUCUGGUUUGUAUCCACGUGCCCCCCCUCACAACCCCUACUCUACGAGGAGCUGUUACUGAGCCGCACACCAGACCACACCCCACUACCCACAACCCCCUUCUCCUUCUGUUUGAAAUGUUUAAACCACGGCGAGGCCGUUUCUGUCCAUGUCACUUUGUACCUGAGGAGGAUGGAGCUGUCGUACUGUGUCCCUCCACCUCCUCCACCUCCUCCUCCUCCUCCUCCGCCUCCUACUCCUCCUCCUCCUCCUCCUCCGCCUCCUCCUCCUCCUCCUCCUCCUCCUCCUCCUCCUCCGCCUCCUCCGCCUCCUCCUCCUCCUCCUCCUCCUUCGGUUGCCGGGUUCCUGCUCUUUGUAUGUUUAUAAUCUCUCCUGGAUUAUAUGUAAUUGCAAUUGUUCACUUAAGACGCAUCACAUUGGAGUCAACCCCGUGGUUGCAUGGGUACAUGUUACCAUGGUUACUGCCGGGUGAAGACGGUUGGCAAGAACCGGCUCCCAAUACGGUUGGUAAGGAUGUUCAGCACCAUGGGAAAAUACAAUCAAUAGGUCCUGCUCUUUUUCUGCACCACAACGCAUUCCCCCAUCCCGACAAUCUCCUCUGCCUCCUUCUCUUCCUCACAAGUUAUCCCUAAUUUUCUCAAAUGGAAGAUUGUUUGUUUUGGUGGUUGUUGUUCUUUCUGGUAAAUAUCCCCUUGUUAUAAUUGUUAUUAUGUUAGCAUUUCUUACAUGUCCUCCAUCUUGAUUAGGAAGAGAUCAACUUUGCCAAAGUUGUUCUGAGAUAUUUUAUUCCUUUAUAUGUAUACAUAUAUUAUAUAUAUAUGUAUAAAUAUAGUUUUUAUGUUUUUUCUUUGUUGUAAGCAUGAUUCAUAUGUUUGUGUGACCGAUAAGUGCAGGAGUCUGUGGUGUGUUAGCUGGGUAAGCCUGUGUAGCAUUGUUAGCGUACGCAACAGGUGUCUGUUUGAAUGUAGGCCUACAAACGAUGGUGUUGUCAAAAAAAACAACAAUGAACCUGUUUACUUCACCACAAAGAGUUAUAUUGCUUAUAGAGAGAUGAUAUGUUUAUCUAUAAAAGCUAUUAUAUGUGUUAAUUUUGUACAGUAAAUUUCCUACACUAAAUAUAAAUAUAUAUUUUAAAGGCACGACACAUUCAGAGUACUAUUAUUGGAGAAUAAGAUUAUGUUACUCAAAGGUAAUCACAUAGUGGUAUUUUGAUAUUCUAUAUUAGCUCGGAUGCGUUAGCUAUACAAAGAUAUUUCAGCAAUUUCCAAAUCCUACGGGGAAAUCUCUACUUCGGCAUUAUGUAACGCGUUGCUCUCAUGUACGCUUAAAUGACUGACCUUUGCCAUUUUAAAUCGCUAUCGGUAUUCUUAAAACCCACCACACACAUACCUUUGGUCAUCACAUCAUCAACCUUUAGUGUUUGAAGCAAAACCGCUGUCUUGCUACCUGCGCACAUGUCGUAGCAGUGUGCCCUGUGAGAGCAGGUCUUGUGUUGGCUUUUGUUUGCAGGGAUAAAGUUACUAUGAAGGAGGGGACCUUCUGUAGCUGGGGCCUCUCUCUGGGUUCCAUUGUUCCCACGGCUGGUUGUAGCACGUCCCCUGUUCCUGAGUGAUGGACAGCUAGAAGUGUCCUGCAGCACUCACCUUGUGAAAGCUUUUGUGUCGUGUUAUCUCUCUGUAGUUUAGGGUUGAUGUGCGCUGUAUGCCCUCUGUUAAGCCCCCAUGCCGUAGGGUUUGGUUUUCGCGACUGGAACGACGUUUGUACUAUUGCUCCCCCCCAGAGCACCUCACGCUUUAUGUAUGAGAGAAGAAACCCAACAUAGGACUAAAAGCCAAUAUACUGAUUCACGCGUCACCCCAAAUUACCUCACUGUAGAGUGAUGUCACUACCUCACCCGCGGUCGAUGUAGAAAACCCUGAUUAUUCUGAGUCUAUUUCAGUGCCUUGAACACACGACUGCUGUUUGUCAGCAGAGAAAUGUUUUGAGGUCCCACCACAGUUUCACCUCUGCGCUGAACGGCCCCUGAAAGGCAUCUGCAGGGCCCCUGGUUGAGCACGCUGCGAUGGACCUCCCUAACCCUUGUAUUUAUGGCAACACCAACGCUUUGCAGUGUACAAAACGAUGGAGCAUAAAGAGGGAUUCUGUUACGGGUGUCGACAAAUUGAUACAUUACUUUGUGCUGCCCUCUGUCAUUUGUAGUGUCUCAAUAAACUCUUUACCAAUGA